UGGCGGACCGGUCCAAUGAGUUGUGCUGCUCGAUGGCAGGGGCCACCUUCUUGGACGGCUCGCUGCCCUUGUGGCCAAACCGGUUCUGCAAGACACAAAGUGGUGGUCGUGAGAUGUGAAGGCAUCAACAUCUCUGGCAACUUCUACCGCAACAAACUGAAGUACCUUUCUUUCCUGCGUAAGAGGAUGAACACCAACCCCUCUCGUGGACCGUACCACUUCAGAGCUCCCAGCAGGAUCUUCUGGAGGACCGUCAGAGGCAUGUUGCCCCACAAGACCAAGAGAGGCCAGGCUGCUCUUGAUAGGCUGAAGGUGUUCGAUGGCAUCCCCCCGCCCUAUGACAAGAGGAAGCGCAUGGUUGUCCCAGCUGCUCUUAAGAUUGUGCGUCUGAAGCCCACUCGCAAGCAACCAAAUGUGGCCAGAGAAUCUUGACUCUACAACUUGUCACCAUAUUCUCUUUUUUAUGACGAUCUUAUCUUACUGUCUUCAUUUCUCUCCCCCUUUUUUGUCUGUCCAUUUUCUGUUCCCUUUCCCCGGUGUAUACGUUCUCCUCUCUGUUGCCACCUGCUGCCAUCUAUUAACCUGCAGCACAAGAUCGACCGCCACAAGGGAAAGAUCAGGAAGCUGAAGCACGACGACUGAGUGAGACCUCCCU